AUGAAUGAAGAGGAAAAGAUAAACACCUUAAACGAUACUAUAGUGAAGGCCCUGACAACAGGCCAAGAUAAACAUUCCCCAGCAACCAAAAAGGACGAAAGGAUAAGCGAAGAAACUAAAGAACUAAUGCGAGAAAGAAGAAACAAAAGAAGUGAAGAAGCGACCACAGAGGAAGAGUUCAGUCUUUUGUUUUUUUGGUGCACGAUGGAAGAGCAAAUAUCCGGCGUAGCCACUUGGCUUAAAAUGUGCAAUUUGGAACAUUUAUGGCCGAUAUUCGAAGAAAACAAAAUAAAUGAUAUGGAAAUUGUAAACCAAUUAACCGCAGAAGAAAUUAUUUUGAUAACGUAA